AUGGUGUCCCGAUCUUCGACACCACUUUUCGAUGACCCUCACACACGACCUCUCAUAAGACUAGCCAUCAACAUCAACAUCUUCACACAAACUUUGCUAAAUCUCACUCAAUCAACCGGAAACAUGCUUUCUUUCAAGACCCUCGCUGUCCUGGCCGCCGUCGCCCUGGGUGCCGUCGCCCGCCCUGCUGACAUGGCGGCCCGUGACGAAGCCCCCGCCACCACCCCGUCUACCGAGAAGAUCACCUUUGCCAUGGCUGCUCCCGGACUCGAGGCCGGUGUGCAGUGCGGCCCCAACAAGUGCGGCGCCGGCCUCGUCUGCUGCAACGAGAGCUGCGGUAUCUGCAGCGCCCCUCGUGGUGUUUGCAUCACCCUCUGGUGUGGCGAGCCUAUCCUUUCCGUUUAA